GGGGCGUGUCCCCCCGGGCAGAGAGGCCACUGCAGCUCUCCUGACAGGAGGGGACGAGCGGAGGUGGGCCUGCAGCACCUUUUCAAUUUGGCGAUGUCUUCCCCUGAAAUCGCUUCCCUUUCAUGGGGUCAGAUGAUGGUGAAAGGUUGUUCUACAACUUAUAAGGACUGCAAAGUGUGGCCAGGAGGGAGCCGAACCUGGGAUUGGAGAGAAACCGGGACAAAUGUACCAGCAUCUACUGUGGACUAUCUCAAGAAAAAUGGGAUUGAUGUGCUAGUCCUGCAAACAGAGAAGGCUGUGAAGGAGUACAAUGCACUGGCUGCUCAAGGUGUCAAAGUGGGAGGCGUCUUCCAUUCAACAUGCUAAUGAAUUAAACAAUACAGUCCUCUUUCCCCCUUAGCCAAAAAGUCUUGUGCCUUUUGACUGAAUAAAUUAUAGUAGUCAGUAUUGGGGCUUUAUAGUUCAUAUUUCCCACUGUACCAAAGCCUGGAUGUGAGAUGAAGACCUAAAACAGAGAGGAGAAAUACAGCAGUAUGGAAUUUAAAUGAAUCUAAUUACUCACAAAUGUUCUUCCACAGUGCUGGAUAUGGUAGACUAUUUAAUCAUGGUUCCCUACACUUGUGAUUUUGACCUAAUCCUCUAGAUCUGAAGGCGUAAUUCAUCUUCUGACCAUUAAUAUUUGGCCUAGCUGCUGAAGUAAAAUAUUCACUUUUAAAACCUGUUAGGAAAUGAUCUGAGACGUCACUUCUUUUCAGAUUUGCAAUACCUAUUGGAUGAUCACAUUUGGUCACUACCAUCAUGUGUAUGAAAUGGUGUAUAAAAAUGGUGAAAAUCUCUGCCUCCCAUUGCCAGUCCCUUGAGCUGUCCAAACUCUUAGCAGUGCAUGCAGAGUGAAAUGAUGGUGGAUUUGCUUCUUUGGGAUGAAUACUCUUUUCAUAACUUAUGAUUUGUAAACUUUACAUUACAUGAAAACAAGUCACUGGAGCUAAAGAAAAGAGAGCCUUAGUAGUGAGAAAGUGAGCCCUCUAUAGCAAUAUGUAGUAGUACACCUCAAUAAGGGGGAAAAAAAAUCGAACAUAUGGUAUAAGCAGUGGCUUUAUAGUUAAUGAAAGUGAAAGCUAGUGUGCAGCAUAUUAGACUGGCCGAUCCUUGCUAACUAGCUGGGGAAUGGCGGUUGGAAUUUUUAGAUUAGGUGCUAACGAUCAGCUGAACAUUAAACACACGUGUAGAUUUUUAAUAAAAGCUGUAGAUUUUAAACCUAAUUUAAUGGUGCCUGUCUUUUUGACUUUUAUCUUGUGCUGGACUUAUUGUAGCAUAUGCCCAAUUAUAAAUUAUCUGUAAGUAAGAUAGGUUUCGUUCCACAGGGACUGCUAG